AUGCGGCUCGUCAAAAGCAGCAUCGAACACAAUGGCUCCGGGGCCGUAACACUAUGCCCCGAAGAGCCGGAAGACAUGUGGCACGCCUACAACCUCAUCCGCCCAAACGACCUCCUCCGCGCCACCGCGAUCCGCAAAGUCACCACGGCCCAAGAGAGCGGGACAACAGUAUCCCAACGAGUCCACCUCAUGCUCCAGAUCCGCGUGAAGGGGUUAGACUUCGAUCCAAACAGUUCCCAGCUCCAUGUUAGUGGACAAAUCAUGAACGAGACACAACAUACACGAAUAGGGCAGCAUCAUACACUCGAUCUGGAAUUGCAUCGUAAUUUUACGCUAGAGAAAGAAGUGGGCGCGGAAGGGGAAGGGGUUGGGUGGGAUAGCAUUGCGAUUGAUAUGCUCAAGGAUGCGGUAGAUGAAGGUGGGAAAAGGAGGGCGGAAGCCGUUGCCGUCGUGAUGCAGGAGGGGUUGGCACAUAUAUGCUUCAUCACACAGUUCCGGACGAUAUUGAAACAGAAAGUUGAAAUGUCGAUUCCACGCAAACGUGCUGGUGGAGGGGAUCAUGAUAAGGGACUAUCGAAAUUCUUCCAAGUCACCUUAGAUACAUUGCUCCGCCAAAUAGAGUUCAACACAAGUAUGACAGCCAGCAACAAUAACGAUGAGACGUCGAGACCGAUUCUCCUAGCUUCGCCAGGAUUCGUUGCAGCAGGUUUCCAAAAACAUAUCCAAUCGGCGGCGUCGACUAAUAUGCCGGCCUUGAAGAGGCUACUACCGAGUAUUGUGGUCGUGCACUCGGCUUCUGGAUAUCUCCAUUCUCUGUCCGAAGUCCUGCAGUCGCCAUCCGUCAAAACGUUGCUCUCGGAUACCAAGUACGCACGGGAGACCAAAUUGAUGGACGACUUUUUGGACCAUCUUCGCAAGGACACCAACAAAGCAACCUACGGGCCACGAGAAGUGGAACAUGCCGUAGAGCAGGGCGCUGUUGGGAGAGGAGGCGGUGUCCUCAUAAUCUCAAAUAGAUUAUUCCGUUCGCAAGAUGUGGCUGAGAGAAAGCGCUGGGUUGGGCUAGUCGAUCGUGUCCGCGAAGUUGAGGGCGGAGAGGUUCGCGUACUGAGUUCGGAUCAUGAAAGUGGGAAGCGACUCGAGGGAUUAGGUGGUGUCGCUGCACUUUUGACGUUUCCGGUUGCCGAAGAGGACUUUGGUUCAGAUGAUGAUGAUAAUGACAUGCAUAACGAACAACAUGCUAUUGAGGCACAUUAG